CGCCUCUCCUGAGCCAGAGUGGGUGAAGCGGCUCCAACGGAACCAUUCCGCGGUGGACCUGCGCUCACGUGACGCGCUGUGUCCCCCGCGGCGCGUCCUCCUCGCAGCAUGGAUUCCGGAGACAACAUGGACCAAAGCCAGGACACUCCAGCCAACGGGAAACAUUAUGAGUGGCAGCUGUCAACAGGAGGUCAGUGGCAGCCGAUCGCCAACGACCACGUGAUCGAGACCCACUACUGCCAGCCCGGAGCCAAAGGGAUCCGCAUCCACAUCCUGCACAGGCAGGUGAACAUCGACUUUGAUAAGUUAGAGACUCAGACUGCAGGUGUCGGGGUCCAGAGGCUCCGCCUCCUCCCUCCGGGCCAGACGGAGGACGUCGGCUGGUACUUCCGAGACGACCGGCUGUGGCGUGAAUAUGGAUCCACGAGCUCCGGCACGUCGUCCUCCUCCUCGGUCAGCAGCGGAGACGUCCAGCGUCAGUUCGCCCUGAACCCUCGGGGAACCUUCAACUUCACGGUGGGCUCGACGGGCUACACGCUGGACUUCUCCACCAUGACACAAACAAACUGCGCCACAGGGCUGCGCAGGAAUGUGCGAAAACGUCCUAAAUUCACUUCCAACACGGGAAGUUCAGUUUCCUCCUCCCAGCUCCCUGACGGAGGCUUCACGUGGGAGUUCAUGGGAGACGAGGGGAAAUGGACAGAAUACGAAGCGCAUAUUUCUUCUUUUGACAGCGCCGCCAUCGAGACACAAUUCCAGCAGAGUCCACAAGGCCGGCUGCACUUCCAGAUCGGGAGCAGCUCGUACACGCUGGACUUUUCACGAAUGUGUCAAGUCAACCACGUCUUCGGGACUGAAAGAGCGGCGAGGAGGACCGCCGCCGCUGCGAGUCCACGCAGCAGCUCGGGCGCAGGGCCACGAUGGCAAUUUCAAGAUAUCGAUGGACUUUGGAAAGAUUAUUCCAAAGGAAGCAGCGUCUCCAGUCAGGACAUCGAGCUCCAGUACCAACAGAACCCGUCGGGCACCGUGAAGUUCACCACCAACAGCUACGGCUAUGAGCUGGACCUCUCAGCCAUGAGUCAGAAGAACAUGUCCACCAGCACCACCAGAUCAGUGCGACGACUUCAGCAGUGACAGACGACAGACGGGUCGAAGGUCGGAGGUCAACACAAUGUUGACCCUCACGAUGGCCUCAGGGCCCGUCUCAGGACGUCUCUCAAACUGGAACGAUUCAGUUCGGUUUUUCACAAGCUUCCUCAUCUCGUUGCUUUUUGGGAGACAAACAUGAGACAUUUAAAGAUAUUAUUAAUAUAUAUGUACUUAAUGGAUUUAACAUCUUAAUAUCUCGAACUAGCGAGGGACUAUAAAAAAAAAGUGUAUAUAUAUAUUAUGUAGAUUUUUUUUAAAUGUGUGUAUAUAUAUAAAUGUAAAAUCCAUUAAGUACAUAUUUAAAUGUCCCGUUUAAUUAACCCAAAAGGCAACACAAGAUAUAUAUAUAGAUAUAAUUGUCGGCGGAAAAAGGAACACUUAUUUCCACCACAAUAAUCUAUAUAUAUAGAUAGAUUUAAUAUAUAUAUCUAUAUAAUAUAUAUACAUAUAAUCUAUUUAUAAUAUCUCUAUAUAUAAUCAUAUAUAAAUAUAAUCUUUAUAGUACAUUGUUAAAUUAUGGGAAAAUAACGAAUUAUUGGGGAAAUGUCCUUCACAUCUAGUUUACCUUGAAACCAAAGAUUCAUAUAAGUGCUUAUUGAAAUGCACCUGAAAAUGUGAUGAGUCAUGAAUACUCUCUCGCUGUCAGAGCACGUGUAAUGUUUACCUUUUGUCAAGAUACCUCUCUUAAAGCCCCAUUAUGUAGUUUGGGGACUGUCGGGAUCCGGGGAUUAUACUUCGUUUUGAGUGGGUUUGAUUGUUUGUAGUGUAUGUUCAUUUUGGGGGCUUGCAGAUGCAUUGAAUUUGAUUUAAUAUAAUAACAUUUGGGUUUCCGCA